AAGCUCGACUUUGCCAUUACUCGAGAUAGGAGGCUAUGUGUGGCGUAUAAACAAUGACGUCACUGUUAGAUUGUCACACUUUUUCAGAACAUACCACCCAGCUAAGACACCCCUCCCCAAGCGCCAUGAAGUAUGGGAAGGAAGGCUUCGCAAUGCGUGCAUAACUCAUGACAAGCUCUGAAGGUAUAGGAACUCCCUCGUGUUAUUGACUUGGUGGUGUGAAGAUGAACUUCAACGGUGAUCCUCAUCAUCUUCGACCAAUCGGGUGGGUACCACGGCUGCAUGGAAGUCGCGAAACCGUGAGAUUGAGCUCGAACUUUCCUUUACAACAAGACUCUCGAGCACUGAAAUACACACGAUCGCUGGCUGUCUAGCAUUGACACACCCGUUGUUCAAAGACACCCUUCGGACUAGAUCGAUUGAUCUUCUUUCGCUGCAAACCCAACAAUGACCACUAGGCUGCACGGCAGCUGCAGCUGCGGUCGAUUCCGCCAUAUUGUCGACCUCCCCUCACAACACGCUGGACAAGCUGAAUUGCGGUACGACAACUCUUCCGCGUCACGCCAACACGCUGCCAGCCCACUCACACUGUGGCUCCGCGUGCCACUACCAUGGUACACCUCGGCAACGUUCGCGCAGCUCCCUGACGAGACGCACUCGAGCAUCCAACGUACCUUCAUAUCGCCAUACACGCCGACCACGUCCAACAAGUUCUGCGGAUACUGCGGCACCCAGCUUUCGUCAUGGAACGAGCGCACGCGCGAUGAAGCCGCGCACAUCUGUCUACCGGUAGGCAGUCUAUUGGACGAGGACCAAGAGCUGCUGAACACGCUGGGCUUCUUCGGCGACAGUAGCGAUGAGGAGACAAGCGUCGCUGGAUCCUCGCGGACAAAUCCUACGCGAACAGUCGCGCGGUCUGAGCCACAGGCGCGUGGCGCUCCAUGGUUCGAGGAGAUUGUGCGCAACACAACUUUGGGUCGUUUUAGACAGCAGCGCGGCGGACACUCAGACAACGGCGUGCAGGUGGAGUGGGAAGUCACCGAGUGGACAGAGGGCGACGACGAUGGUGAGAGUGGCAGCGCCACGCCGAGCAAGAGGAAGAUUGGUGAACUUGAGGCUGGAGACACUGAGAUGCGGUCCGCUUGAUGUCCGUUUUGACUGUCAUUAUGUGUCAACGCUACAGUAGAACAAGAUGCUCACGCGUAGGUACGAGAAUGACACGAAGGUAACGAUGAGGUGAUUCUAGACACCUUCGCAAAUGCAGGCACAUGCAACGGCUCGGAGCAACGACGGUGCAAUUUUGGGAGAACGUUUGAACGUAGACUACAU